GAGAAAAAAAGAGAACCAAAUACAAAUAAAAACAUCCAUCUCUAAAAUAAUCGCCAAAAGAAAAACCAGAGAGGAAAAGAGCUUAAAAAAAAAUUCCCUUCAGAAUCGGUAGAAUUCCUGCCUCCAUCUCGUUCAUCCCUCUCCUAGAGACAACGCCUGCGGAAAUGGCAGAGGGGGAUGCCGUCACCGAGAGCCAGCCUGCGGGCAGUCUGGCCGACGCGAGGAACUCGCUAAAACAUCCUGGUGGUGAGGGAGGUCCGUCAGAUACUGGUGAGGUCGGUGGUCCCGCAACUAAGAGACAGAAGCUCGACCACGACAAGACCGAGACUGAUCAAGAGCACCGACAAUCGUCACCGAAAGAGAGAGUCGACGGUGUUGCGCCAGUGAAGGCCGAAUACCUCAUCAGCAACGGCGAUGAUGGCGAAGCCCCGAGGAAUGAGGUUGACAACGGUGCGAUGGUAGCUUCCGUCGCGACGGGUGAGCCUGCCGGUGAUAGUCGAGCCUCUCCCGUCGGCUCCAAUAAGAAAUGGAAGAACCGAAAGAAGGAGAACGGUCAGAACCAGAACCGCUCCUACGGCCACUUCGAGGAUAAACUGCGCCUGUGCACCAGUGUUACCUACAGCAACGAGUUUUCGCCCAAGCCGUGCAAAUUUGGCGAGAGGUGCAAACUAUGCCACGACUUGCGCAAGUAUCUCCGGGAGGGCAGACGUGACGACCUAGACACCCUCGGCGGCAAAUGCCCCAUCUUUGAGAAGUAUGGCCGGUGCGUUUCCGGGUGGAAGUGCCGCUUUGUCAAGAGCCAUUCUAAGGAGGUCGAGCGGGGCGACGGGCGGAAAGAACUCAUCCUCCUUCAGGCUCCCGACGUGCCAGCGUCCACUGAGGACCCGGACCAACGGCCAGGAAUUGUCAACGUCGCAACUUCCGAUAACAAGUGGGAUCUAGCAAGAAGAAAGGUCCCCUUCGAGAAAUCCGAGCUCUACAUCAAGUGGUUAGAGAAGGAGACCGAGCUGACGGGGAAACUAUGCAACCGGAAGAAGAAGGGAGAAGAGGAGCUAGAGGAUGCCGACGUCGAAGAGCUGAGAGCGCAGUUUGUAGACCCACCGCUGAAGCCAUCAGAGAAGAGGAAGAUUUACUUCGGGAGGGAGACGCCGGUCCUGGCACCUUUGACAACCCAGGGCAACCUGCCCUUCCGACGGCUGUGCGUUGAGCUGGGGGCCCAGGUUACGUACUCGGAAAUGGCCAUGGGUAUGCCUCUAGUACAGGGGCAGAAGGGCGAAUGGGCACUUAUGAAGGCGCACGAGUCGGAACUUGCCCCCCCUCGAUACAGCCCUGGCAAGGACGCGGUUGUCAAAGGGUACGACAACGCAAGAGAUCUCAAGUUCGGCGCCCAGAUCUCGGGCAAUCAGCCGUGGGUGGUGAUGAAGGCGACGGAGGCUCUGACCCGCUUCGUUCCCCACCUGCGAGUCGUAGAUCUCAACUGCGGGUGUCCCAUCGACCUGGUUUACAAGACGGGGGCCGGGUCUGGUCUUCUUGACACGCCUAGCAAGCUGGAGAAGAUGGUGCGGGGCAUGAAUGUCGUUUCCGGAGAGGUCCCCAUCACGGCGAAACUGCGAAUCGGCGUCCGAGACGAGAAGCAGACGGCUAGUAGGCUCAUCGAGAGACUCGCCUUGGGCGGCCGCGACACCCGAGACAGGCUCGGUGCCCCGGGAUGCGCAGCGAUUACACUGCACGGGCGGAGCAGGCAACAGCGAUACACCAAGAAGGCUAACUGGUCGUAUAUCGCCGAAUGUGCCGCGCUCAUCAAGUCGUACAAGAACAUGGCGGACGAGCUGACGGAUACGGCCCGAGGGCCGGACGAGAGCACGCAGGCGAACACAGCCGACGGGAAGGUGUACUUCAUCGGCAACGGCGACUGCUACUCGCACGUGGACUACCUGGACCACGUCGACAACUCCGGGGUCGACACCGUGAUGAUCGCGCGGGGCGCGAUGGUCAAGCCUUGGAUCUUCGAGGAGAUCGAGAAGGGGCAAUACCUGGACAAGUCGGCAUCCGAGCGGCUGGGCUACAUCGAGAAGUUUGUGCGCUACGGCCUCGAGGCCUGGGGCACGGACGAGCUGGGCCUGGGCUUCACGAGGCGCUUCCUGCUCGAGUGGCUAAGCUUCACCCAUCGCUACGUGCCGCUCGGCAUCCUGGAGCACCUGCCCCCGAGCCUCAACGACCGUCCGCCCCGGUACCGGGGACGGAACGACCUCGAGACUCUUCUUGCCAGCGAUCACUACAAAGACUGGAUCAAGAUUAGCGAGAUGUUUCUAGGCCCUACUCACCCGGGGUUCCAGUUUCAGCCUAAGCACAAGUCCAACGGCUACGAGAUCGACGCCGAGGGAUAGGUAAUAGAAACGUACGUCGGCGUCGUCCCUUUAACUUACCUCUGGACCAGAAGGUCCCCUCGCACACGAUACACAUAGUCCUUCAAGGGAUUUCUGGGGUUUAUGGCACAGGUAGGUAUGCAUUGUGCAUGGCAUGCAUGUAGGGAGGUAUAUCAGAAGCUCGAUAGGCCGGGUAGCUAGUCAGCACAGGACACGUAGAUGCCAGAAGAGACAGGAAUGCAUGAAAGGCAACAUGGCCAACCUGCAUGGGUUCAAGAGCGCCCUCUUUUACGUGACGCGUCCACCCUAUUUACUACG